UCACUUCCGUAAACAAAGGGCAUUGUGGAGGCGAGAGGUCCGGAAUGUGACCCCGGCUCAAGCUGCAGCUGUAGCAUCGGCGGCUGCAGCUGCGGCGGUGGCUUCAGAGGCCCCGGGGUCGUUGCAGGUUGUGGAAGAGGACCCCGAUCCCCUUCUUCCUCAGGUCAUAAGAAGCUGGCCUUGGUGCAGUAAGGAACUUAAAACAAUGGAGGAGCGCAAAGUGAAGAGGAGGAGUCCUAAGUCUUUUAGUGCCCACUCUACUCAGGUUGUUAAUGCCAAAAAAAAUGCCAUUCCAGUUAGUAAAAGCACGGGGUUUUCAAAUCCUGCAUCACAGUCAACUUCACAGCGACCAAAGUUAAAAAGAGUGAUGAAGGAAAAGACCAAACCUCAGGGUGGAGAAGGCAAAGGCGCUCAGUCAAGCCCGAUCCAGCACUCCUUCCUCACCGAUGUCUCUGAUGUCCAGGAGAUGGAGAGGGGGCUCCUCAGCCUUUUGAAUGACUUCCACUCUGGAAAACUCCAAGCAUUCGGAAAUGAAUGUUCCAUUGAACAGAUGGAACAUGUUCGGGGAAUGCAGGAGAAAUUAGCUCGCUUGAAUUUGGAGCUCUAUGGGGAGUUAGAGGAACUUCCUGAGGAUAAGAGAAAAGCAGCCAGUGACGCCAAUCUGGAUAGGCUUCUGUCUGAUCUAGAAGAAUUGAAUUCUUCCAUGUAUCCUUUGCUUAACAUCAACAGUGAAAAGUUCACAGAUUAUAAUUUUUGGUGAAUAGUCCCAGUCAAGUGAAGAAACCUACUGCUAUUUACUGGGGCCAUCUUUCUUUCCCUUUAGUUUCUAAAUGGAAUUUCCCAGUUGUUUUGUAUGCUGAAAUUUUGUUUUUCUAUGGUUUGUGCUUUGCUUUGUAUGGUUUCUGGGUUUUUAAGACAAAAUUUUAAAAUGUUUUAAUCAAGAGAAUUAAGAAUUAGGGUAGUUGCCAUAUACAUUAUUUUGAAUCUUGGAUUCUUAAGCUAAAUGGAAGUGGGAUAGCAGACAUAAUACAGUACUCUAAAUUUAGGGUUAGAACUAGAAUAUUUUAGAUGCAUUUAAAAAGUGUAUUAUAGGAUUAACUUAAAGGAAAUCACAAAGGCACAUGUAAAAUAUUCAUGUUUUGACAUUUCAAUUUAGAGCAAUUAUUUCAAGAAAUUUUUAAAAUGUAUUUUUGAACAUACUGAUAGGCACAAUGUGAGAUAGAUAUAUAAGAACAAAAAAAAAAUGAUCCUGCCUGUAAAAUAAUUUUAGUGGUAAGACAUCUCUUUGAACCAAAUAAUGAGAUACUGGAAAGGAUACUGGUUGUAGAGUUAAGAGAUUUGAUUUUCAAAAUUUGGUUCCACGUUUUGCUAAUGUAAAUUUGGGUAGAUUGUUUAACAUUUCAGAGUAUCAUCUUUAAUAUGGGGUAACUACUACAUGUAAUCAUGUGUAUAUGAAAAUUUCCAAACUAUAUAGAAUAUAUAUUUUUAAAAAAUCACUCUUAUUGCCAUAACAUAUACUGUUACUAACUGCUGAAUUAUGCAGUAAAAACAAUGAAGAAAUAGGAAGAUAUAUACAAAUCCAGUAAUAGUAAUUAAUAUCUCACCUUUAUUGAAUACCUGCUAUUUGCCAAGCAUUAUAUGAAGUGUUUUACACGCAUUAUCUCAUUUGGUCCUACUCUUGGAAGUAGGUGGUGUUAUACUCCCCAUUUUACAGAUGAAGAAAAUACAGUUUUGAGAAGCCACAUAAACUGUAGGAGAUAUUAAUGUAAGAUACCACUGCCAAGAAAGAGUUUAAUAUGGGGGUAAGAUAGGAGUUAAUUAGGAGGCUUUUCUUAGGAGUAGUUCCCGGUUCUUUUUUUUCUUUGUAUUUGUUUUACGUUAUAUUCUAUGCUUUAUAUUCUCUCUCUGCUUAUGACACAUAACUCCUCUCCUCUUAUCUGAGCUUCUGUUAAACAUUUAGACUCAUUUGUCUCCCGCUUUCCUCACUUCAGCCCCCACGGUUCAGCAGGCCGUGGUGGUAGACUGCAAGCACAUGGCCUUUGGAUCGCUUGGUCUCAGGUCUUGGUAAGCAGCUAUGUAACCUUGAGCAAAGCCUAGCAACCCUAGUUUCCUCAUCUGUAAUAAAUGUUCUUUCCGUAUUCAUACUUUCUCCUCCUAAUUUUCCUCUCUGUCAUCAGUGCCCCUAUUAUUAUUAUUUUUUAAACAUCUUUAUUGGCGUGUAAUUGCUUUACAAUGUUGUGUUAGUUUCUGCUGUAUAACAAAGUGAAUCAGCUAUACGUAUACAUAUAUCCCCAUAUCUCCUCCCUUUUGUGCCUCCCUCCCUCCCACUCUCCCUAUCCCACCCCUCUAGGUGGUCACACAGCACCAAGCUGAGCUCCCCGUGCUAUGCAGCUGCUUCCCACUAGCUAUCUAUUUUACAUUUGGUAGUGUAUAUAUGUCCAUGCCACUCUCUCACUUUGUCCCAGCUUACCCUUCCCCCUCCCCGUGUCCUCAAGUCCAUUCUCUACCUCUGCGUCUUUAUUCCUCUCCUGCCCCUAGGCUCAUCAGAACCAUUUUUUUUAGACUCCAUAUAUAUGUGUUAGCAUACAGUAUUUGUUUUUCUCUUUCUGACUUACUUCACUCUGUAUUGACAGACUCUAGGUCCAUCCACCUCACCACAAAUAACUCAAUUUCGUUUCUUUUUAUGGCUGAGUAAUAUUCCAUUGUAUAUAUGUGCCACAUCUUCUUUAUCCAUUCAUCUGUCGAUGGACACUUAGGUUGCUUCCAUGUCCUGACUAUUGUAAAUAGUGCUGCAGUGAACAUUGUGAUGCAUGUCUCUUUUUGAAUUAAUGGUUUUCUCAAGUGCCCCUAUUAUUUUAAUCUUCAAGAUUGUUUAAAAAUCCCUUCUAUGACUAUAGCAGACAUUGCUAAUCAGUCAUGGCACUAUCUGCCAUUUAGCCUGGACAGGGGCAUGAAAUUAUUUGCUGUCUCUUAAGUACAGUUAGUUGUCAGGUGUUAUCAGUUCUGUUUUGUAUUCUUCCUUCAUUCUCUACCCUCAUCACCUGAUUCCACAGCCUUUCAAAUUUCUGUUCUCUAGAAACUCUAGAGCUGCACUGUCCAAUAUGGCAGCCACUAGCCAAGUAACUACUGAGCACAUGAAGUGUUGGCAACAUGGAUUGACAUGUGCUUUAAGUAAAACGUGCACACCUGAUUUCAAAGAUUUAGAAUGAAAAGAUGUAAACUAUCUCAAUAUUUUUAUGAUUACAUGUUGAAAUGAUAAUUUCCUGAUUAUGAGUAUAAAUAAAAUAUAUUUUAAAAACUAUGUCUGUGGCUUACAUUAUAUUUCUAUUGGAUAGUACUGCUGUAGACUUUAGACAUUGCCACUGAGUUAUUCUUCCUAAAACAUCACUUUCAUCUUGCCAUUCUUGUUUCUUACCAAGUUUUUUACUAUGUCAGAUUUUAAAAAGGUUCUCAGUAAUUUGAUCACGGCAUAUUCAUCCUGUUAUAGUUUUCAUUAUUUUUCAUUCCCACCCAGUUGGCUCUCUGGAUGCCCAAGUUCAUGCUCACCUUAAUGCCUUUGUUCAGGUUGUACUUUCUCUCUAGAGUUGCUCUGGCCUCCCCCUUCUCCUUAUCAAAUAACACUCAAGCUGACCACUUCCAUAAAGCAUUUCGUUUGUACCCCAAACUAGCAUUCUGCAUUAUUUCAUUAUCUGUUGAUAUGUGUUAUAUCUCAUCCUUCCAACUGAACAAGAAUAUCUCUGACGGCACAGCUCAUGUCUGUACAUUUUUGCAAACGUCUGCUAUACACGUAUUGCUAGCAUUUAGUUGUCCUCAAUAUAUCCAGAUCAUUGUUUGAAUUGAGUCUUGAAAAACAGGUGGCAAGUGGAUCAUAUAGAUCAAAGAGGAAAAUGAAAGGCAGUAAUGAGAAGGGAAUGGAAUAAACUAUGCAGGAAUUUUAUCCUAUUUCCAGUUUUCUUGAAGAAUAAUUCAGAGGAUUAUAGGAAAGGUUUUAGAGCUAUGAUGAUUUUAUUUUAUUCUCUUGGACUUUCACAAAGAAAUUAUUUUCCCAAGGAAAUGAAGUGGUGGUGUCGUUUCAAGUGAAUUUUGUUAAUCCAGUAAGUUUUCAUAUUUGCCUCUAAUCAGUUUACCAAGAAAAUGAUUCUUGCUGCAUUAAAAUAAUUCUGUGCUCUAUUAGA